AUGGUGGAUGGCAUUAUUUGCGUUGGCGGCCGGUUACGAAACGCUAGAAUCCCUACAAGUCGGAAGCAUCCGUACAUUUUGGACCACCGCCAUCCAUUCACUAUGCUGGUCAUGACUGAGUAUCAUCAGAACCUGUUUCAUGCCGGGCAGCAACUAUUAGUUUCUUCUGUACGAGGCAGAUACUGGCCGACGAAUGUUCGUAACCUAGCUCGGAAGGUAAUCCACAGCUGCGUUCGCUGUUUCCGUGUCAAGCCGAAAGUUCACGAGCAGUUGAUGGCGGAUCUUCCUGCGGAGAGAGUUACACCAUGCAGUCCCUUCCAACGCGUCGGCAUAGAUCUAUGUGGUCCGUUCCUGGUUAAGUACCCCCAGCGUAAAGCUCGUCCGGUGAAGUGCUUCGUCGUCGUCUUCGUUUGUCUAGUCACCAAAGCCGUUCAUUUGGAGUUAGUGGCUGACCAAUCGACGCAAGCUUUUUUGGCAUCCCUUCGGCGAUUCACGUCUCGGCGUGGGAAACCGGAAAUCAUCAUGUGCGACAACGGCAGAAACUUCGUCGGUGCAAACAGGGAAUUAGCUGAGUUACGGAAGCUUUUCAUCAAUCAGCAGUUCCAAGAAAACGUGGUCCGUGAAUCUUCAAACGACAGUAUUGAAUUCCGGUUCAUACCAGCGCGCUCUCCAAAUUUUGGUGGGCUGUGGGAGAGUGCAGUGAAAUCGUUCAAAACACUGCUGAAGAGAACGAUAGGAAUAAGAAGCUUAUUGUACGACGAGUUCCAGACACUCCUCACGCAAAUCGAGGCAGUUCUGAAUUCGCGACCACUGACACCAAUCAGCAAUGAUCCUAGCGACUACGAAGUGUUAACGCCAGGACAUUUUCUUGUACAACGUCCACUGACAGCGAUUCCGGAGCCGAAUCUGGAGGCUCUCCCGGAGAACCGAUUGGCGGCUUGGCAGACAGUGCAACACUUUGUCCAGUACUUGUGGAAAAAGUGGUCAACUCAAUACUUGUCUAAUCUACAAAACCGUACAAGGUGGACCAAGAAACGAGACAACGUGAAUGUUGGAACAAUGGUGGUGCUGAAGGACGAGAACCUGCCACCGUUGAAUUGGCUGCUUGGUCGGAUUACCGACAUACAUGCUGGAGCAGACGGGAAUAUUCGGGUAGUUACUGUUCGAACGAAGGAUGGCUACUACAAGCGAGCAAUCUCAAAAAUUUGCAUUCUUCCAAUCCGUGACAACACAGAGGAGAACUAG